AGUUCUUUUCUUUUUUAUAUUUCUUGCAUACGAUGCAAAAUACCAAUAUAUAUUGGAGGGUUCUUCCCGAUGCAAGAUGGAUUGUGGGAUGGUUCGGGGAUACUUCCGGCGUCAGAAAUGGCAAUUGAAGACGUGAAUAACCAUCCUGAUAUACUUACUAAUUAUGAAUUACGGAUGGUGUGGAAUAACAGCAAGUGUGCACACGGACCGACAAUCAGGUCAUUAUUUCAUCAAAUUUAUUCAGAACCAACGAAGUUAAUGAUAUUAGGAGCAGGAUGUAGUUCACAGACCAGUACAAUAGCAGAAACAGUACCCCCAUGGAAUCUGGUACAAGUAUCACACGCAUCAAGUGCUCCAGGUUUGGACGAUAGAGUCAAAUAUCCAUUAUUGUUCAAAGUUCAUCCUUCAGAAAAAGUAACCAAUGUUGCCAGGGCAGCUCUAAUGCAGCAGUUUGGCUGGAAAAGAGCUGCUUUAUUAUAUACUGACGAUGGUAGUUUUAAUGCUAUAAUGGCAGAUUUACAGAAAGUGUUUGAACAAAACAACAUUACUGUCAUAGUCUCAGAUACAUUCAGUGAUGAUCCAAAACACGCCUUACAGAAUAUAAAAAGAAAAGAUGGACGCAUAAUUAUAGCUGCUGCAUUUGAAGACAACGCCAGAAAGAUAUUGUGUGAGGCACAUAAACUUGACAUGACUAGUGGUAUUUUUACAUGGAUGUUUCCUGGUUGGUAUGCAACAGAUUGGUGGAAGGUGAACGACACUUCUUGUGAUCAAGCUGAUAUCGAAAAUGCAGCUACUGGUUCCAUAGGAUUCGAAGUUUCUUCAUUUACAGACGUUGAUGCACAAACAGACACUGCAAGAGAGUUUACGGAACAUUACACUAAUCUGACGCAAAAUGGUAACUAUGCAGCACUAGAAUAUGGUCCGUAUGGGUAUGACAGUGUCUGGGUGAUCGCAUUUGCUCUGGACAAGGCAUCACAAGCAUUACUUAACAUAUCAAAAUCUUUGGAAGAUUUUACAUAUGACAGUGCUGACAUAGCUGACAUAAUCUUCAAGAGUGUUGACACGACUAAUAUAACGGGUGUGACUGGCGACAUUAAGUUCGAUAGUAAUGGAAUGAGAAUUGGCAGUACUUCUAUUCAUCAGUUGCAAGAUAGCUCUACAGUGACUAUAAUGAGGUAUGAUGAUAAUACAGGAGAAUUACAGGGAACAAGUAAUACAUUUACUUGGAAAACUGAAAGUGGAGGUCCACCAUCUGAUGGACCACUGGUCACUACAGAAUGGAAAAAGUUAAAUCAGUCGUUAUUCUAUGUGCUCUCUACAUUAGCCGUUAUCGGUGAUCUUUUUGUCAUCUUUAUAUUUAUCAUGAAUAUCAGGUUCAAAAAUCGAAAAAUAAUAAAGCUUUCCAGUCCCAACCUGAAUUACAUUAUCUGCGGAGGAAGUAUUAUUUUAUACACUGGUGUGAUAUUAAAUGGAAUGAUAACUGAUGAUCUGACAAAAGCUACAGAAGAUACAGACGUUAUCGCAUUGUCUUGCAUUAUCAAUACAUGGUUGUUUGUUGUUGGAUUCACAGCAACGAUUGGAACAGUUGUGGCAAAAGAUUGGCGAAUAUAUAGAAUACUGACCCAAGAUAAAACAUCGAAACAGACCAUAAAAGAUUGGCAUUUGAUAUGUGGUGUUAGUGUUUUGGUGCUAAUAGAUUUUAUAACUAUGACUAUAUGGACUGCUGUUGAUCCACUAGUGUACGAAAAGACAUCUCUUGACACAGAGAAAACAGGCCAAGAUGUGUUUGUAGAACCGUAUAUUUUAACAUGUUCAUCAAAAUCGUAUGCAUGGAUGGGUGUUAUUAUGGCAGUGAAAGGGCUUUUGUUGUUAUUUGGAGCUUUCAUUGCCGUAGAAACCAGGAAUAUCAAAAUGAACUUAUUAAAUGAAGCUAAGGAAAUAGCGUUGACCAUUUAUACAGUAUUGGUAUUAGCAGGGAUUGGUGUGCCUAUUAAUUUUGUGGUAGAAAAAAACAUCGAUUUUAAGUACGGAGUGACGUCAAUAUUCGUAAUACUCGGAACAACAGUGAUGUUAGCAGCAUGUUUAUUUCCAAAGGUUUAUACAGUUUGUAAAAUUUCUGUUGCUGAUGAAUCUAUCAUGGUUGCUAAUAUGAGGGCACAAACAGUGAAUGCUCCUGUUGAUAAGUCAACAGUCCUGAAAAUUCAAAUAACACAGCUUGAAAGUAAAUUGAAGAAAGUUGAAGAUGAACUGCAUUCAUAUAAAAGCAAUGGAGUAGAUGGCUAAGUGUCAAAUGUGUAGCUAAAUGAACCGAACCAAUUCAGGAAUUAUUUUAUAUCAAGGAAAAGACAAUCAUUAUUGUGUUUAUCUAUUCUUGUCAUUAAGGCAU